GCCUGGCGCACCGGAAGUGCCGAUGGGAGGGGGCCAGCGCCUGGCGCCGCACCGGGGCGGAGGCGGCAGCGAGGAGCGGGCUCGGCCCGGCCCGGCCCUUCCCGGAGCUCCCCGCCCGUAGCGGGGCCUCGGAGGCGGCCGGGACCCUCCCAGUCCCCCCCCGAGCCCUGGACCCGUCCCGGGGCAGCGGCCGGUGAGCGAUGUCGGAAGCGGCGGAGAGCGGCGGCGGCUGCGGCACCGCCACCGUUACCGAGACCGGAGCGGUUGAGCCGGAGAACCGCAGCCUGACGCUGAAGCUGCGGAAGAGGAAGCCGGACAAGAAGGUGGAGUGGUCGAGCGACACGGUGGACAAUGAGCACCUGGGCCGCCGCUCCUCCAAGUGUUGCUGCAUCUACGAGAAGCCAAAAGCCUUCGGGGAGAGCUCCACGGAGAGCGAGGAGGAGGAGGAGGAGGAAGACUUGGGGGGGGGAGGGGCGGCCCCCCCCGUGGUGUUCCGGGCCGGGGGUGAAGGCUCACUGUGGGCAUUAAAGCUGGCACCGCUCUGA